CCAAGAAAUGAGGCUUCGAGAGCAGAUUUUGAAAAGAAAAAGGCGGGGGGGGACCGGGCGCUCCCAUCCGGCGACGUGUGGCAAUGAGGUCACACUGAGAGCAAAACAGUGUGUAUUCACCAGCGCGAAUUCAGUGUAGCGAUGACCAUGUGACGAGAGUGAUGUUCGCGCUCGUGGCCAAGGUGCAAUGUGAGGCAAUUUCUAGGCAUUUCGACAUCGGAAGAGAUAUAUUAUCGCGCGUGCUGAUGCACCUGUGUGUACUGUGAGGAUAUUUGUGUGUGAAGUACGAAGGACGCCGCCAUGGAUAUCCAAGGGCUGAGACACCUGCAGGCGCUGAGGAGCUUCAUCGGGAACUUAGUGGACCAGGCGGAGCGUUCCGUCGGCUGCGACUGUCACAAGCCCCCGUCGCUGCUGCUGGUCGGGCCUCCGGGUGCCGGCAAGACGUACCUGGUGAAGCAGAUGAGCAACGUGUGCGAGAUGCCGCUGUACGGCGUGCACACCCACCAGGUGCGGGGGGCGGCGCAGACGAGGAAGCUGUUCGAGCAGGCGAGGGACAACUACCCGUCGCUGGUGUUCAUGGACGACGUGGACGCCAUCUUCGCCAACCACGACGAGGAGCCGCCCUGCACCACCUACGUGCAGGCCAUCCGCGACGAGCUGUUCACGCAGCUGGGGCCUCGCAAGCUCAAGAUCGUGGACCCGAAGUCGUCCAAGAACCCGACGGGCAGCGCGCUCCCCUCGCCCUCCUGCUCGUCCUCGGGCCGCGGGGUCAACGGCGUCGGCGGCAGCAGCAGGGCCUCCAGCAGGGCGUCGACCAUGUCCCGGCCGCGCCCCUCGGCUCCGCCCGACGACGAGGAGGACGUGUACCCCGAGGACGAAGACUCGCCUUACCCCGACAACAACGGCAUCAUCGUCGUCGCGGCCACGAGCGCCCCCUGGCAGCUCUACAAGGACCACGAACUGCUCAGCCGAUUUCGCGGAGUGUACCUCGUGGGUCUCCCGGACAAGCAGGCAAGAUACAACCUCCUUACGACGCUGUUUCAAGACGUCCACCACAGUCUCAGCGACAAGGACAUCAUGACGGUCGCUGAGAAGACGGAAGGGUUCACCCCCGCUGAUCUCAUGGUAGUGGUCAAGACCCUCACGUACCGCCAGUUCUCGUACCUCCUGUCCAUGACCUCCCCCCACGUCGGGUCCGUCGACGGGAGCUCCAGCGAACUCGGCUCCUCGGGCUCGAGAACGCCGCUGUCGUCGGAGAUGUCGGAGUCCGGCUCCGAGUCGGACCUCGACGGCCUUCCGGAGUCGGAGAGCCACAUGAAGCGCGGCGUGGUGUCGGUCGCCGCCGUGGCCGCAGCCGUCGCAGCCGCUAGCGGGGCCGUGCCUAAGAAGGACCUGAAGCCGGUGGCGCCCAACAAGAAGGUGCCGGCAACGCCUCCCCCUUGCGUCACGUCCAUCUGCAAGGACUGGGACUCCGACGAGGACGAGCACACGGAGGGCCCCCACGACUCGCCCGAGAGUCAGCGGGACGAGAAGAAAAUAGCCUCAAACGACCCCCAGGCGCCGACGAGAGUGUUGGAGGAGUCGCUGCUGGUGCGGAAGGGGAGCAGCUCGGCGUCCCCGGGCAGCAAGCAGGGCGACGAGGGCUCCGUGCCGUCCCCGGACUCUGCGAUCGGCAUGUCCAAGAGCAGCGAGGAGGUGGCCGCCCCGUCGAGACUUGUGGAGCAGGACGAUGCGCCCCCCCGACGGACGCCCUCGGAGAGCAGUAGUAGUGGAGUGACCUCUUCAGGCUGUGAUAGUAGUGAUAGCAGUGCAAUAGUUGACGAGGGAGUCGGGGAAGCCGGCGACCACGCCCCUCCUGCCAAAAGUGACAGUGAACCGAAGGUAGAGGAGGACGCGGGCGCCCUCGGAGGCUCAAGGGAGGGUCGGGAAGGCGGGGAGGAAACGGCUGAAAAGGACAGCUUAGUGGUAGAGGAAGAGGGGGAGACGGAACCCAUAAGUGAAGGUGCUCACUGUGAUAAUGAGAAGGAAGACGAUAUUAACACGACAGAAAACUCUGGAAACUGUGACAAUGACGAGGGGCGGGUCGGAACCCCCGCCGAGUUCGAAUUGCAUUACAGUGAACCUCCAGAGCCCAUGCGGGAUGACAACUGUGCCAUUGACAGUGACAGUGACAAUGACGUAGUGGAGACCCCUCGCUCAAGGGGCGGUCGCCGCGUGGCGUUUUCGGGCAUGUCUCCCAUGGAGCCUCUGUCCGUCGACGUCGGCGACAACUGCGGGCCCCCCAACAUUUCCUUAGACGACAUUCCACCGAACAUCUCGCUGGCGCCGUCCAACCUGCCGGAGCCCAUGCUGGCGGACGACCGUCACCAGGAGUCGGCGCCGAACGCCAUCCUGCUGAGCCUGCUGUCCCGCCCCGCCGGCUCCGCCCGCAGCGAGCGCCGCGACCGCCACCUGGACGAGCCCUCGGAGCUGGCCUCCCUUCUGCAUCCAGACCACGACCUUGACGUCAACAAGACCUCGACGCCCAUCGAGCCGAUGGGGCCCCUCACGCCCACACCCAACCUGUCUCCAACCCCGACCCCGACACCCAGCGAAGGCUCCAGUCAUAAUGGCACCGUUGGAAGCUCAGGGAGUGGCACUCACGCCUCGGGCAGAUCCACAAGCAGUGAGGUACGCAAGAAAGAUGAUAGCGACUCAUCCUUCGACCACAGUGAUACCCACACCGUCCCCUCUUCAGACAUCUCCACUGCCACGUGUAAUGAAACAGGAGAGACCAUGGAAUGCAGAACAGAUUCUGAAGAAAGGUUACAAGGGCUUGAGGACGGACACAAUCGAGCAGACAGCGACCGUGGCAGUGAGUACGACACCCCCACAGAGGCCAAGGCUGUGGGGGGAGGAGGAGGUGGGGGUCUCAACUCUCUCCUCAGCGAUUUUCGGGGAGAUCAGCAUUCAGUUGAUCAGCCUGGCCGAUGUUCUGGAGGUGGUCGCAAAGGGCUACAGAAGUGUCUCAGAUGAAGAGAUCAAGCGCUACACAGACUUCAUGGUUUGGUUCUCGAAUGUAGCCAAGUCGGCUUGUCCUCAUUCUAAAGACGGUUCCCACAAGGCCAACGCCCCUCCCCUUGAUGACAUCAGCGUGGACUCGACCAUAUAUGACACACCGAGCUUCUCCAAGAAGCGGAAAGGACCCCUUCGCAAGUUGGGCCGAUUCCUCCUCAAAGCUUUGAUGUUCAUCCU